AUGAGUUUGUUUGAGAGUUUUGUAUUGAAGUUUACUGGAGAUUCAGACGAUGAUGCCUUUGUUCUCUCUGACCAUCAGGGUGUGUCUAUAUUUAUGUAUGUGAUAGUAGAAGAACCCACUCCGGCUGAGAAUACCGCUGAUUUGAAUACUCCUGAAUUACCAGUGCCCACUUCCCAGAAACGAGAUGAGCCUGAGGAGAGUGAAGAGGACAGCGUCACAGUAAAGCUUGAUGCGAAGCAAAAGAAGAAAGAAAGGUUGGAGGAACUGAAAAGGCGGCGAAAAGAGAGAAAUGCCCAGAACCGCAUUACCUUUGACACUUCCAAGAUGGAUUCCGUCGAGCAGGCAGCUUACUUUUGGUCAUACAUUGUCUUAGAAAACAGCAGCUCCAAUGAUAAGAAAAACAACAAUAAUAAUAAGAAUCAAUUCGAUGAGUAUGGAAUGGAACAUCCUUUCCAAGAGCAGUAUUUGCAGCUAGCCGAGCAGCCACACGAUGACUCGCUUCUUUUAGGCAGAAUUAAACAAAUCAUCCCAGAUUGGAAAUCAUCAUUAACAUCGAAAAAGAGGAUGCGAUCCGGACCUUCCAUUCUCAUUCUCUGCAUUUCAGCGAUUCGUUGCACGGAGCUUUUGAAACCGCUGUCGGAUCUCCACGUUUUCAUCCCGAAAUUGUUUGGAAAGCACAUGAAAGUGGAGGAACAGAAGAAAGCGCUGCAAAGAAAAUCGUCAAUUGCGAUCGGAGUUCCUAAUCGCGUGUUGAAGUUGGCCGAAGAAGGAAUCUUAAAUUUAUCGAAUAUUUCGCUGAUUAUUAUCGAUAUGAAAGAGUUGAAUGAAAAAACUAUGAAUGUGAUGAGUUUGAAAGAAACGAGGGAAGCGAUGGCUGCGUUGUAUAUGAAGUUUUUGCAUAAUCGAGUGAUUCAUAAUGUAACCAAAGUUCUUUUAUGGUAA